CCUCCUUAAACUCUCAGAAGAAGAAGAAACGAGCCCCAAACAGCCUGCAGCUCUCCGCACACCGGCGUCUCUCUUCACCAUGUCAGAAAACGGACGCAACCUCGUCUAUUUAAUCACCGGAGGUUGCGGUUUCCUCGGAAAGCAUCUGCUCGAUGUUUUGAUGGAGAAAGAAGAAAAUCUGGCGGAGGUGCGGCUGUUUGACAAGCACAUAGAUCCGAGGUUUUACGAGCAGAGGAGCACAGAUGAGGCAAAAGUGACCAUCAUCCAAGGAGACAUAACAGAUUACAGCAGCGUCUUGGAGGCCACCCAGGGAGUCGACGUUGUUAUUCACUCUGCCAGCCUGGUGGAUGUUUGGCACAAAAUCCCAGAGACCCUCAUCUACUCUGUCAACGUUACAGGAACGGAGAAUAUAAUCAAAGCCUGCGUGGAAUGUGGCGUCGAACACCUCGUCUACACCAGCAGCAUGGAAGUGAUCGGACCCAACCUCAACGGAGAUCACUUCAAGAGAGGCAAUGAAGACACUGAGUAUGGAGUAAACCACACCAUGGCCUAUCCCAAGAGUAAGGCAAAGGCAGAGAAAAUAGUCCUGGAAGCCAACGGCAGAACGGUGAAAGGUGGAAAGUGUUUAUACACCUGCUCGCUGAGACCGACAGGGAUCUAUGGCGAAGGCCACCAGCUGAUUAAAGACUUCUACAACCUGGCUGCUGAAAGGGGAGGCCUGGUUAUCGGGGGCGUCCCAGAGCACAUUGAACAUGGGCGUGUCUAUGCAGGUAACGUCGCCUGGAUGCAUGUGCUUGCAGCUCGAGCUCUGAGGGGGAAUCCUACAAAAGUUGGCGGUGAAGCUUUUUUCUGCUACGAUGAGUCACCCUAUAAAAACUACGAGGCCUUCAACAUGACGUUGCUGUCUGAGUUCAACUUUCGAAAGCUCAGAAUGCCUCCCAUCAUCCUCUGGUUCCUGGCCAUCCUAAAUGACGUUCUGCGCUGGAUACUGAGUCCGAUAUACAACUACACACCGCUGCUGAACCAAUACACGCUGGCCGUGGCCAGCACUACCUUCACGGUGAAAACGGACAAAGCACAGAGAUAUUUUCAAUACCAGCCGCUCUAUGACUGGAAUCAGUGUCUAGCACGCACGCAGGCAUGGAUCAGAACAUUCCAGUCAGACAAACCAAAGGGCUGCUAGUGUGACCUCAACCACUACAAAGUCAUUUCAGAUGCUGCUAUAUAGACAAGCAGUUGCAGUUGCUGAUGUAAUGUGUGAAAAUAGCUUUUAAAAUUAUAUCUUGAUCACAAAAAAACAACAGUUUUUGGCUUCUUCAGUUGUACAGUAUAUAAUUAAUAUGUUAUAUGCGAAGAUUUGUGUGUCUAGUGGCUUGCAAACGGUCAGUUAUUUUCUACCACUUAUUCCAUAGUGGGUCGCGGGGGAGCUGGUGCCUAUCUCCAGCAAUCUAUGGGCAAGAGGCGGGGUACAUCCUGGACAGGUCGCCAGUCCAUCGCAGGGCGGCUUGCAAUCAUUGAAAGGAAAUAUAGUACCACUUACUGAAAUAUUGAGCACUUUAUUUCUGCAGUUAUCUUUUGGAAACAACGUGUUCCACUUCUGACGGUGUCAUUUUGUGGCGGUGUCAUCAGUAGUAGUUUUUAAGCUUUUCUGUUCAAAGAAAACAUGAUGUGUGAAAUAUCCGUUCUGAAAAGAAAAAGCCACAUGCAGUGUACCAGUGUAAUUAUGAGCAGUUGCUUUUAUAAUGGCAUGACCGUUUGAAAAUGCAACACUGAUUGUGUCGGUAAAGGUCUCAUUAGAACGAAGGCUGGUGCUAUCUGCAAGUCAUGGAGAAUGAUCUAAACUCGUCACCUAUUGGUUUUAAAAAGCAAAUGCAAUACACUUUAUGGCAAGCUACAAAAACUUGCUGUGUUCAGAUGACUUUUUUUUUCUCCUUUUGGUAACUUCCAUUCUGAGUUUGUAAAGAUUGUUUAACUGCAGGGACCCAAGGGAAAAAAAAGCCUUGAGAGAUUAAUGUUUGAAUUUUGUUAAAAUAUUUUUAUUUAACAGCGUAUCAGAAAAAUGUUUUGUUUUAAUCUUUUUAUAAUUAUAAAUAAAGAGUAAUUAAUUCCA